CGCGGCUGCUACGGUGUAGACGCCGCCGCUACGAGGACUACGCGCGCUUUGACGAACACGUGCGCGAAAUAAAACUGUAAUUUUGCUUUAUUACAACUGUAAUAAAUAGAGCAAAAAGUUUUUAAAAAUACUAGCGAGGCUUGAUAUUGUUAUUAAUGGACUUUUGAAGUAAGUUUUCGUGUGUGGAAAUGUUUGUGUGUUGACAUUAGUAAUUCCCAUUUAAAAUUGGGGCAAGGGGAGUUGAUUUAUUCAAAUUUGAUUAUGAUAGAGUCGGAAUUUAUGAGUUCAGUGUUAAUUUGAAUAAAUUUGACGCGAGGAAUAUCGGCGACAAAGCGGCGCAGACGUCGGGUGGCGAAUUAAAGGCGCACAAACAAUGGGAGCCCUUUAUUUUGUUCACACCUCCACGUCGUUGGCGGCUUUUUGAUGUCUUAAUUUAUUCAAGUUAAAUAGGUCAGGCAAAUCAAUACGUAGGUUAUAUCUUAUAUGAUUUGACGCAACAAGCGAAUUGUUUGAUUAAUUAAUCGUUAAUAAAUAUUGAACGAUUGCAGGAAACAAUUGUUACUAUUAACGUAGAUAGUGGACUGUAACGUGAAUACAAAAGACUUAUGAUGCUUCCUUCGAUGUGGUUCAUGAGUAUAAUCGCCAUUCUUGUAGUGGAUGUCCGCACUGGAGCCUUACAACAAAAAGAUGCAGCGCUACGCCGCUGCUACCACUGCGCCGCCAACGGCACCGCCUGCCACGCCACGGUGGAAUGCCCCGGCGACCGCCCGCUGUGCGCUACCUCAGCUGUCGUACCAAAUUACUCGUCGUCGCUUCAUUGCGCCGCUGCCUCGAAGACACCGUGCUCCUUGACACGUUCCUCAGGCACAUUCACAUUGACAUGUGUAUGCGCAGAUGACCUGUGCAACUCUGCAUUCUCCAAAGAACUACAGAACCAACUGCUUGAGUUCUCGAAGUCUAACGUCACAAACAACAACUCAUCUGAUUACACGGACAUGUUCUUCAAAUCGCACUCAUUCGCCAAUGUGACUGAAGAUAAGCUCUACAAGACAAUAACGGUUGAAGUAGUAAAGACCACAGAAGCGCCUAAACAUAACGUGACAAACCCGACAACUGUGAGCACUGCAGCACACACACGCACGACCAUAUCGCAUCCUGUGGAAGUGAAUCUACCGCACGCAGAAGCUUUUAAGCAUGAGCCUACUGCUCUCUCCGAUGACGACGAGGACGCGUCAGAAGGCAGCGGCUCCUACGAGGAGACGAGGUCCCAGCGACAGCCCGCCUCGGCCCCGGCGGCGCCCAGCUCCUACCUCCCAGCAAACGAAAAUAAAGCGCCUCCUUUAACCGCCACUCUCCUGAUUGGCGCACCCAUAUUAAUGUACUUCGUAGCGUAAAAACCUACCUUUAUGUUUCAUUUUGAAAGAAAACAAAUAUGAUAAGAGAUUUAUAAAUUAUAUUAUGUAUCUACAUUCCCAGUGAAUUUAAAUGAAUUAGUAGUGAUUACCUAUUGGGAUCAAGUAAGAACGUUUUGUAAUCCAAUUAGAGUAUUAAGUUUUAAUACUUUCAGAAGUUAAUUUCAAACCAAUUUAGAGGAACUUGUCUUAUAUCCGAAUUCAGCUUAAGCUAUCAAUUUACUUUAUUAGUCACUCCAUUACAUCGUGUAUUGCCUUUUCAGUUCGUAUUUUCACGUGAAUUUGUGAUACUGAAACUACGUGCCAAACGUAGCGUUGUAAAUACAGAUAGACAGUUUUAUUUAGCAGGCGACGAAAACGGUGUUCAAUUUAGAGCGAAGUAGGUAGUCAUACGGUUGCAAAAUCACCGUAGGCUCUUUUAGAUAAGUUGAAUAGCAUUCGUUCCACUGUAGAUUUGGAAUUUGUCGUUUAAUUAGAGUUAAAAUACAAAGUUGUACAAAGUACGGUCCCAUUUAAUAUUAAACUCGAAGCCUCAAUGGAGUAGGCGGACUACAUUGAUAUUAUAGUCAUCUUUUGGAGUUUAAAUCCUUUUAGAUACCUUUUACACCAUAGCAAUACCCUGCUGGUUCGCGUCUUCUUUAAUUAGAAAUAAAAACUCACCAUUAAGGUAAGCGAAUCAAGACUAUACAGCACUUUUUCUCAUCACUAAGUUAUGGAUGAACUUACUUAAAAAUAGCGAUAUCUUAGUACUUCCAAUACUCUAACAAAAUUUUACUGUUGCUGAUAAAUAGAAAUAAUUAAAAAAUAAGGGGGGUGCUUUCACGAUGCGUUAUUUUGGUAGUUUUUAAAACGGAAUAUACUGACGUGCAUAAUAAGAAUGUGUUCAGUGAGACGACCGCACAUCUUCAUUCGUAGGUAGAGUCAAUUACCACCAAUCACGAUCGAUUAAACUAUGUUUAAUUUAAUGUUGUUGUGAUUUA